UCCACGAUGUCAUUUCCACUUCUCACACACGUGUGUGUGUGUGUGGACUUCACACCACGACCUGCUUCUUUUCCACUCAUGCAACUUUCUUUGUCUUAUCAGAAACCACAUCACACUCUGCCAACCAGACUGAGAGAAAGAAAGCGAAAGAGAGCGAGUGAGAGAAAAGAGGGAAGAACUAGGACUUAUUACUCAUUAAGUGGUCAUUCUUGUCAGCACUGACACUCUCUCUCUCUCUCUCUCUCCCCCCCUCUCUCUCUCUCUCCCCCUCUCUCUCUCUCUUUGAGGCGGUCGCUGGUGGCCAUGGCUCAGGGCUCUGACAGCAAUGACACAAGUUACAGGUCGCCGUCACCUGGAGGGAGGCAGAGCUCCUCGGAUGACAUGAAGAAGGUCAUGAGGCGAGAGAAGAACCGCAUCGCCGCUCAGAAGAGCAGAAUGAGACAAACCCAGAAAGCCGACAGCCUCCACCUGGAGAGUGAGAACCUAGAGAAGGAGAACACGGCGCUGAGGAAGGAGGUGAAGCAGCUGACGGAGGAGGUGAAGUAUCUGUCGUCCGUGCUGAGCAGCCACGAGCCCCAGUGCGCGGGCCUGACCCCCGCCGGCCUCCUGUAUCCGCCUCACCACCACGCCGCCUACCACCAGCACAUGGCCGUGCCACACCACCAGCACUGACUGCGACGCCCUUGAGAACAAUUUACCUAGCGGCUGCAACAUGAACACACACACACACACACACACACACACACACACACACACACACACACACGACUAAUAGAGGAAACGAUGCCGUUGUAAAUGACUUUUUUUUUUUGGUUGCUGUUUCUAAAGAUUCAAUUUGGACAGAGUAAGUCAAGUCAAUUGUGCCGCUGUACCUCAUGUUGUUGCUAGGGGUAACCAAACUUGUUUACAUGGCGAGGAGAAACAAUUCUGUGGCACGGGAUGGCUUUCGUAAAUUGCUUCUUCUUUUUUUUGUUGCUCACCUUCUGUUUGUUUCUGUCUGCUACGUGACCUUUCACAGCUCAGGAGAUUUGUAUUUUUGUAGGACCGAUUUUGAUUGUUUGACAAAGCGAAUGUAAAGUUGAGCCAAAGUUUGUGGA